CUCAACUCGACACCAACGACGACGCUACCAUGAAGACGCGCAUGGCCAUCGAUGAUAUCAGUGCCAUGGUCGGCUCCAUCCAGAAGAACGUCGUGAACAUGCGUGUGACAAACAUCUACGACGCAGAGGUGAACAAGACGUACAUCCUCAAGCUAGCGACCCCCGGCCUGCCGAAGGUGUUCCUGUUGCUGCAGUCCGGCAUCCGCUUCCACACGACCGCGUAUGCACGCGAGACGGCGAGUGCGCUGCCGCUUCAAUUCACCAUGAAGCUCCGCAAGCACCUUCGAGGUAAACGUCUGGCUAGCGUCACGCAAUGUGGGUCGGACCGCGUGAUUGACUUUUGCUUUGGCGACGGCGACCAGCGCCACCACUUGAUCCUGGAACUGUACGCGGCGGGAAACAUCAUCUUGACGGACCACGCGUACACGAUCCUGUCCCUUCUGCGCACCCACGCGUACGAUGAUCAGGUCAAAGUCGCCGUGAAGCAGCAGUACCCCCUCGACAAUGACUUGGUGGUCGGCAACAUUGGCGGCACGUCGUCACAGUUCUCGUCCGGUGCCGACUUGAUGUUGUUUGUCCAGCGAUACGUGCAAGAGGCCGCGUCCAAGGAGAAGAGCAAGAAGCAGUACUCGCUCAAGCAGAUCCUCUUGAGCAAAGAGUCUGGAUAUGGGAACUUUGGCCCGACGAUCGUCGAGCACUGCAUGGUAGAGGCUGGCAUCCUUCCGUCGCUCAAGGUCAAGACCGCCACGUCCCAUGUCCACGUGCCGCUCUCCAAGGCGGAAGCGCAAGCUCUUGUGGACAGCCUUCAGUCGGCGCCGACGUUGCUGGAGGAACUGAGCUCAACCCAAGUCGCCGUGCAUGCUACCGACGUCGCCGACGAUACCUCUCGCCGCCAUGGGUUUAUUGUGGUCGAUGGAGCUGGCCACUUUGAAGAGUUCACCCCAUACUUGUAUGCGCAGCACCGCGGCAAACCUAUCGUGGAAUUCCACACGUUUGACCAAGCCGUGGACGAAUACUUUUCGAAAAUCGAAGCGCAAGCCGUGGACGCCGAGAAAAAGCAAGCCGCGCACGUGGCCGAGACCAAAGUGGACAAGCUCAAGAAGCACCAGCUGGAGCAGAUGGAAGCAUUCGAGCGGACGCAGCAGGUCGCGGCUGCCCACGCUUCCUUGGUAGAGCAGAACCAGCACGACAUUGAAAACGUGCUGCUGGUUGUGCGCAGUGCGCUAGCGACCGGUAUGGACUGGAACGAUCUGGACGACUUGAUCAAGCAGGAGCAGCACAACGGCAACCCCGUCGCGACGCUCAUCCAUAAGCUAGAUCUGAGCCAGAACCGGCUGUCCGUGCUACUGUGUGACCAAGAAGCCGAGGACGAUGCGGUCGCCCACUGCAUCUCGAUCGACCUGUCGCUGUCCGCGCUGGCUAAUGCGCGGGAGCUGUACUCGAAGAAGAAGUCGGCGGUGAAGAAAGCGCUCAAGGCCAUCGACGCCACCGACUUGGCCAUCCAGCAAGCUGUCAAGAAGCACGACAAGAAGCAAGCACAGCAGCAACUCCAGCGAAAGACCAUGUACCAGCGCCGCAAAACCAUGUGGUUUGAAAAGUUUCACUGGUUUAUCACCCGGGAACAGUACCUGGUCUUGGCCGGCAAAGACAUGCAGCAAAAUGAAACCCUCGUCAAGCGCUAUUUGCGCAAUGGCGACGUUUACGUCCACGCCGAUUUGCAUGGCGCAGCUACGUGCAUCGUGCGCAACAAAGUGUCGGGCGGAAACAUCCCGGCGUCGGUGCUCGAGCAAGCGGGGUGUAUGAGUGUAUGUCGCAGCAAUGCAUGGACGAAUCAGGUGGUGGCGGGGUCAUACUGGGUUCACGCGGAUCAAGUGUCCAAGACUGCCCCCACGGGGGAGUACUUGACCACUGGCAGCUUUAUGAUCCGCGGCAAGAAGAAUUUCAUUCCCGCGUCCAGGCUCGAGAUGGGGCUCGCCAUCGUGUUCCGCAUCGAUGAAAGCUCUGUGCGAAACCAUAUUGGUGAUGAUCAAGGGUUAUUGGGGCCAGAGGAGGAGAACGACGACGACGACGACGUGACUGCAAAGGAAGUGCUGGCGAGACAACGGGACAUGAAACAAGAAGCAUUUGGGGAAGUAUCAGAAGACAGCAUUCCUGCUGCUGUAGUCGAAGGAGAUCAGGACGGUGAUGCAGUUGGCCAUGACGAUGUUGUUGCUAAAGAAGAAGAAGAGAGGACGAAGGAGGACGUCAAGACAUUUGACCACCAUCACGUCGCAGAUGAUAGGAUGGAGUCUAUCCUGGACGAACAAGAAGAGACUGUUGGUCCAGGGAAAGCAAAGCCUGGUAAUGGCAAGAAGACCCUCAGUGCCAAGGAACGUCGGGACUUGAAGAAGAAGAAAGGAACAGCUGCGGACAAAGUGGAACUACCGGAGACGAUGGCGGCGCCUGUGGCCAAAGCCCCCCCGGCACCCGUCCGCGGCAAGCAAGGCAAGCUCAAGAAGAUCAAGAAGAAGUACGCCGACCAAGAUGACGAAGAGCGACGGCUGCGCAUGGCCGCGCUCGGACACGCCGUCAUCGCCCCACCGGACGAGCGCACCAGUGUGGCGGGAGACGAGAUCGUCAUGGAAGAAGAUGAUAGCUGCACAGCCAACGACGGCGACGCAACUGGUCUUUCCACAGGAAUACCUGCAAUCGACCAAGAAAAGGAAGCGUUGUACCAGCGUCAACGCGAACGCAAGGCGCAACUGCUAGAGCAAGAAGAAGAGGAGGCGCAGAAUGCCACGUUUCUCGACACGUUCACGGGCACUCCGAUGGCGAACGACCUGCUGCUGUUUGCCAUGCCCAUGUGCGCGCCGUACUCGACGCUCGAGCGGUACACGUACAAAGUCAAGCUCACCCCCGGAACGCAAAAGAAGGGCAAAGCCGUGACAUUUGCUGUCGAUCACUUCCUGAAACUGAAACCCAAACCGACGACGACCAACGGUACUACUGAAGCCCCGGCAACCGCCAAAGAACAAGGCGGCGGCGGCGAGAAGAAGGGGGGAGAGGACGGAGGUGCGGCCGGCGCCCCCGAUGUCGACCCCCUGGAGGCGCAGAAGGAGCUCAUCAAGUGCGUGCCCGAAGCCGACCUCGUCGGGUGCAUCGUCGGGCCUGUCAAGGUAUCUGCGCCUGGACUCAACUCGGCUACGAUGAAAAAAUCCUCUUCGAAACCCAAAAAAGCCCACAAGAACAAAUCCACCAAAUAAACCCACUUUAUAUAUAUAUAUAUACUCUGGGGAAGAAUCCCAAUGUGUGGUUUUCAUCGGGAAGAAUCCCACUGCGGUGGGGUGUUAAUCGAGGGUGGGGGGACGUUGCCCAUGCCAGUUGACGGAAAUCCCGGGCCAUUUGGUCUGGAGCACGUCUUCGAUGGGGCACCCGUGGCCGCCGGUCGUGUGGGUGGUGUCCACCAUGGGGACGGAAUACCCCACGCGGUUCUUGGUGGGAAUGGUGGCCUCGAAUUGCACGCAACGGGGAAAUUUCCCCGCGCUGGCUUUCGACGCAUCCACGAGACCGUUGACAUGGUACAAUACCACUUGCUUGACCUGUUCUUGUUCGUCGUCUAGUGUCGCCCAUCGAUCCUCCACACUGGCGGUGUCGACGUCGUCCGGGAUCGCAGUACUACUACUAGUAGUAGUACU